AUGAAGAUAGAGGAGAAGAAUUUGGGACUGCAUUCAUUGCCAGGGAUUUCGUACAAACAGCCCAGUGUCUUGGUAGGUAGGACAGAUGUUGUUUCUGUGACACCGUGGUUGGCUCCAAUCAUUUGGGAGGGAAUGUUUGAUCCUACAUUGAUCGACUCCAUCUACAAACAACAAAACAUCACCAUUGCAACAACUGUCUUCGCUUUGGGAAAAUACACACGUUUUCUCAAAGACUUUCUGGAGUCAGCCGAGCAACAUUAUUUUGUUGGAUUUCGAGUGAAUUAUUAUUUAUUUACUGAUCAACCAGAAGCUGUUCCUGAUGUAAAACUGAGUGAAGAACAUCAGCUGAUGGUCCGAAAGGUCCCGAGUAUGGAUAGGUGGCAGGACAUCAGUAUGGGCAGGAUGGCAAUACUGGAAAAACUAACUAAGAGUGAACUGGACAAUGAUAUCGAUUAUAUUUUCUGCCUUGAUGUGGAUACAAAGUUUUAUGGCCGCUGGGGUGCGGAGACUUUAGGUCGUCUUAUAGGUGUGAUUCAUCCUUGGUUCUAUGAUUAUCCACGAGAUAAAUUUACAUAUGAACGUAGACCAGAGUCACAAGCGUUUAUUCCGGUUGAAGAAGGUGAUUAUUAUUACAGUGCUGCUGCAUUUGGUGGCACAGUACAGGAAGUUUAUAAGCUCACCAAAACCUGUCGUGAGCAGCAGAGUAUUGAUGCUGCUAAGUCCAUUGAGGCAAUAUGGCAGGAGGAGUCUCAUGUGAACAAAUAUUUCCUUUACAAUAAACCCAGCAAACUGCUCUCACCCGAGUAUCUGUGGCGGGAUAUUAACAUAAGAACGAAACAUGUCAAAAUGAUUCGCUUCUCCCAUGUGGCUAAAAACAAUGCUGAGGUUCGCCCAAACUUAUAGCAACUGUUGCCACUGGCAAUAUCCAUCUGCAUUGACAUGUUGUUGCAUCUAUACAGGCCUCGGAAGUUUCAAAAGGAAAAAUUGACAUCAGGAAUACUUUUGAAGUCAUGCAGACAGUAAUAGGCAUGAUAUUGUUAUGUGGUACCUUACAUAGACAUUUAAUGAUCUUAUUUUGAAAGUGGAAAUGGAUUUAACAGUACAAAUAUAAGGUUUUAAAUCCUGAAUGCAUGUUAACAUUAAUUAU